CUGACCAUAAGAAACUUCACCCCUAAACCGCAAUCCCUCGCCACUUUCUGUGUUUUAAAACACACGAUUGGAUUUACAACUGGUCUCCCGACAUCCACAGAACUUUUUAUCCAGGAUAUUUUUUAGCAAAAAAACUCAAUAAUAUGGGAAAAGAAAAUAUCACUUUUUUGACAGUUUGGAUAAUUUUGGGGAAAAUCUUUGCAACUUUUUCUUCUGGCCCUGAACCCACCACCGACACUGUGUUUGUAAACACCACAGUCACCACUACUCCCCUGCCCACCACUGCUGAAUGGAUCACAGACUACACUGACAUUGUGUCCAAGUUCUCCCUGCGCACAGUGGACACCCCAGAUGAUGACAUGUGCUACAUUGUGGCCGGGAGUCCAGAAACCAUCAAGGAGUGUGAAUUCAACUCAGAAACACAGACCUUCAUAGUGAUACAUGGCUGGACGGUAACAGGGAUGUUCGAAAGCUGGGUGCCCAAGCUGGUGUCUGCUCUCUAUGAGCGCGAGCCCAGUGCCAAUGUGAUCGUUGUGGACUGGCUGACCCGCGCCAACCAGCACUACCCGACCUCCGCAGCCUACACUAAACUAGUGGGACGCGACGUCGCCAAGUUUGUUACUUGGCUACAAAACGAGCUGCAGUUGCCCUGGGAGAGGAUUCAUCUGCUGGGUUACAGUCUGGGAGCACAUGUGGCUGGAAUCGCUGGAGACCUCACUGACCAUAAAAUCAGCAGGAUCACAGGUCUGGAUCCUGCUGGUCCCACUUUUGAGCACGCAGACAACCAGGACACCCUGUCCAAAGAUGACGCCCAGUUUGUGGAUGUCCUGCACACCAACACCAGGGGUUCCCCAGACCGCAGCAUUGGCAUCCAGAGACCCGUGGGCCACAUUGACAUUUACCCCAAUGGAGGCACUUUCCAGCCGGGCUGCGACAUACAGAAUACAUUGCUGGGGAUUGCAUUAGAAGGCAUCAAGGGCCUCCAAAAUAUGGACCAGCUUGUCAAAUGUUCCCACGAGCGCUCCAUCCACCUGUUCAUCGACUCUCUGCUGAACAUCCAGCAGCAGAGCAUGGCCUACCGCUGUAACUCCAAAGAGGCCUUUAACAAGGGUCUGUGCCUCAGCUGCAGAAAGAACCGCUGCAACAAGCUUGGCUACAACAUCAACAAGGUCCGCAGGGCCCGCAGCACCAAGAUGUACCUCAAGACCCGUGAAAUGAUGCCAUACAAAGUUUUCCACUAUCAAGUGAAGGUGCAUUUCUUCAGCAAGGACCAAAUGAGCUUCACAGAGCAGCCGAUGAAGAUUUCUCUGUAUGGAACCCACGGAGAGAAGGAGGACAUUCCCUUCGUCCUGCCGGACCUGAACGGUAACACCACUUUGUCCUUCCUCAUCACCACUGAUGUGGACAUUGGAGACCUGAUGAUUGUGAAGUUGCGCUGGGAGAAGGACACUAUCAUCAGCUGGUCAGACUGGUGGGGCAGCAGCAAGUUCCACAUCCGCAAACUGCGCAUCAAGUCUGGGGAGACCCAGUCCAAGGUGAUCUUCAGUGCAAAGGAUGGAGAGUUUGCUUACCUGGAAAGGGGAGGAGAAAACGCAGUCUUUGUCAAGUCAAAAGAAGACAAACUGAACCGUAAAGAGAAAUUGAUGCACAAACUGAAAAUGCAGGGCAGUCUUUUUGGGCAGAGUGACGCUUGAAGUUGCACUUGUACACGCAAACGCCCAAGCAUCAUGCACAUCAUCCAUUUCUACAUACAUAGCCAAAGAUAAACUGCACACAGCAACACUGGGAGAGCCUUUCCAAGUAACUGGACAUUUACUGAAUGCUGCAUUUUUCAGAUUUUCUUCCUGUUGUGCCUUAUGACUUCAACUCCCAGUGCAACCAACACAACCUCUGCCGCAGUGCUGGGAAUCAGUCUGCUCACGAGCUCUCUCCUGUCUCUCUGCAAAUUCUGCUGCUGAAAAAUGUUACAGGUUUCUUUGUGAUGAUGUGCUCACGUUUGACAAAUUAGACCUUUUGCUGCAUAUCUUUGUAAUCAUUUGUUUAUGCCUUUGCAGCCUAUAUGUACUGUUUAUACUGUCUGAUGAAUUUUGAACCCCUGAACUGGUGUGUAUUCCUUGCCAAUGUGAACUUGGAUUAUUGUAAAUAUAUAAAUGAUUCAGAGUGAUAGGCAUAAUUUAGGCGCAUCUUUGUUUGUUUGGUUUUUUUUGGGGGGGGGGGGGGGGUUAAAUGUGCAAAGUGAUCAUUUUGUCCCUAAUGUUUGUCUUUAUUUAACCACUAACUGCGAACAAUCAACAGGGACCAAAGAAGUAUUUACUAUCUACUGAAUGGAGAAUCACACCUGUCUUUGUAAAUACCUUUUUUAAAUCAGGAGUUAUGUGCUAAUAUCUGAUCUCUUGAAGCCUUGCUUGUUCUUUGAUUUUGGUUGUUGUGUCACUGGUCACUUUAAAAGGUCCCCUGCAGCCAUUUAGAUGUUAAGGUCACUGAGAUUGCAGUCCAACAUGGAUAAGCAUUUUUUAGUGUUGGUAAUUUCAUCAUUAAAUUGAACUGAGGUCACUUUUUAAAUGUUCCAGUAAUGGCUAGGUGCUCAUUGAUUACUUCAUGAAUGGGUCAAUAGUGUCUCACCUGCAAUGGUUUACCUCAUUGACUAAGCUCAGUCUACAACAUGUCCGUAUUUUGAAAGGUCAAACAUUGCAAAAUUGAUGAAAAUAAACAUGCAAGCCUUGGUAAUAUGUGAUGGACUGGCCUACAUGAUAUCCAUAAUACAUCUCAAGAAUACUUAAUUUUGUAUUUAUUGAAUGUACAUUUAUAUAUUUGUAUAUUAAGCUGUAAUAUAUUUUGGCAGGCUUCCAUUGUGGUCUGUAUUUUUUAUAAAUGAAGCGUUUUCUGAUUUUAAGCACAAGGCUUUGGAAGAGCGAUCAAAUCGGUCUCCUUGCCAGCUGAUCAGUGCAUUUACUUUUAUGAACUGAAAUGCAGUGCACUGUAUAAAUGAAGAGCCCAGGAUGGUUUAAUAAAGAGAUAAAUCACGUA